GUGUUACCCAGCGGCUUAUAAGGAGGGGAGGCCAAGCCUACGCCUUAUUGGGAGCCUUUGGGGUUUAUUUUCUGCCCUUCUAACUUGAUCAAGAAUGACCGAGAAGAAAUCACAGCUUUGUUCCAGAGCCAAUGUUUAUACUCAAGUGCCUGAUGGGGGAUGGGGCUGGGCAGUCGCUGUGUCUUUCUUCUUUGUUGAAGUCUUCACCUAUGGCGUCAUCAAGUCAUUUGGCGUCUUCUUUAAUGACUUGAUGGACAGUUUUGAGGAAUCUAACAGCAGGAUCUCAUGGAUCAUAUCAAUAUGUGUGUUUUUCUUAACAUUUACAGCUCCCCUCUCCACCGUCCUCAGCAACCGCUUCGGGCACCGCCUGGUGGUGAUGGCGGGGGGCCUGCUGGUCAGCACCGGGAUGGUGGCCGCCUCGUCCUCCCGUGAGGUUUACCACAUGUACAUCACCAUUGGCAUCAUCUCCGGUCUGGGGUACUGCUUCAGCUUCCUCCCGGCCCUCACCAUCCUCUCUCAGUACUUCGACAAAAGACGUUCGAUGGUCACCGCGGUGGCUUCCACGGGCGAGUGUUUCGCUAUGUUUGCUUUUGCACCAGCAUUCACGGCUCUGAAGGAGAGCAUUGGCUGGAGAUACAGCCUCCUGCUCGUGGGCCUGCUGCAGUUAAACAUUGUCAUCUGCGGGGCAGUGCUGAGGCCGAUUCUCAUCAGAGGACCAGGGUCACCGAAGAUAACUGGACAGGAAAACCCAAAAGAAGUGCAAUACAUGCUUGAAAACGAGAAAACACGCACCUCGAUAGACUCCAUCGACUCAGGAGUAGAACUAACUACCUCACCUAAAAACGUGCCUAGUCACGCUCACGUGGAACUGGAGCCCAAGGCCGACGUGGAACAACAGAUCCUGGAGAAGACCAGCCCCAGGCGGAGCGACAGCAAAGGGCCCCUUCUGGACUUCUCCGUGUUGAGAGAGAAGGCUUUCCUCUGUUACGCGCUGUUCGGCCUCUUCGCGACGCUGGGGUUCUUCGCGCCCUCCUUGUACAUCAUCCCCCUGGGCGUGAGCCUGGGCCUCGAGGAGGACCACGCGGCUUAUCUCUUAUCCACCAUGGCCAUCGCCGAGGUUUUCGGGCGGAUCGGCGCCGGGCUGGUGCUCAACAGCCAGCCCAUCCGGAAGAUCUACAUCGAGCUCAUAUUUGUCAUCCUACUGGCUCUGUCUCUGUUUGCCUUUACUUUCGCUACUGAAUUCUGGGGUUUAAUGUCCUGCAGCGUGUUUUUCGGUGUUAUGAUUGGAACGGUAGCCGGCACCCACAUUCCGCUGCUGGCAGAAGACGACGUCGUGGGAAUUGAGAAGAUGUCUUCUGCUGCCGGAGUCUAUGUCUUCAUCCAGAGCAUAGCGGCACUAGCUGGGCCGCCCCUGGCAGGCCUGCUGGUCGACCGCAGCGAGCUCUACAGCCGAGCCUUCUACUCCUGCGCCGCGGGCAUGGCCCUGGCCGCCGUGUGCCUGGCGCUCGUGAGGCCGUGUGCCAGGGGACCGUGCCAGCGCCGCCCGGCAGAGGCGGGAAGCGCGGAGAGCUAUCGCGGGCGAGCUUUACAGGACAUACCCGAAGACUUCCUUGAGAUGGACCUGGGCAGAAGCGAGCAUAAGGGUCCCAGAAAGCCAGAGGCAGAAUGACAGGCCGGCUGGGGGGGCGCGCGGGGGACACGGCGGCGGACGGGCGCUA